AUGGACAACUCAAACUUCGUGACCCCAUACCAGCUAGAGUUCAAUAUGCACACCAUGCAACACCCGCAAGAGUACGAUGUUUGGCAUCAUCAGAACAUCGGCGACGGCCAACUUCUCUCCAAGAAAAUCGGUACUUUCUUGACUAUCCCCGAUGCUCAGUAUGCCGCCAAAGAUGCCCUAUGGUCUGUGCUGGACCACUAUGUUCGGGGAGGAUGGACUGGCUUCUACCAUGACACAAUCAAUCUCGAGCUCAGGGGUCUAGUCACUGGUAUGGUCGGCCCAGGUCAAUAUGAGGCCUUGAGCGAGAUCCAGAUCCACGCUAGACCCCUAGUCUAUGCGCCCCUGCGGAGCCACCCAGACGUUGGCCAUGCAUCCAACGCUCGCCCUCACCACAACACCCAAAGUGCUAUCACUCCGCAUGCUGCACCCCAUACAUACACACCAAAAAUCGUGCCUGACGUCAACUUGAACACCACCCCCCCACACCCACACUCCUUCUCGCAGACGCGCCCCCCAUACCCCAAUCGCCCGCUAACCUUCAUCCCCCGCCUCUCUGGCAUUUACGACGAUGUCAUAACCCUGUCCCCGCACCGCCCUACCACGGAACGUGUUGCAGCGGUCAAGUCGCAGAAACGCACCCGCUCCACUCGCCAGCACAAAUCCCAGCGCACAUCCCAUACCCCGCAAGCACCCGCUGCUGCACCCACGGGUCCUUCUCACGUCGACCCUGGCAACUUCCCGUAUCUCGGCCGCCGCCAUUCGGCGAGCGACCACCACGAGCGCAUUGUUGCAGAUACAGACCAGGGAGGUGAUUCGUCACAGCGCCACUUCCAGACAGGUAACAAGUUCUCGCGGUCAGAGAAUUGA